AUGCGACCACGAACUGUCCUACCUAUAAGGCUUUACAGCUCCUCUUCUUUGACUCUAAAUGAAAGAUUUCGUCGCUUAGAAAAUCUAAAUCCGCGGAAAGGUGUUCCUAAUCCACUUGGAAUUCGACGAACUAACCCUCAAAGAACUCCUGCUACAAUGAGAUUAGGUCAGAGAUUCACAGGUUCUCUUCGGGGACGUGGAAGGCCGCUAAAAAAAUCUGGAAGAUCAUUGAAUCAAAAUCUUCCCAUUCCAUCCACUCAACCGCCUCCUCACAUGUUCGCUGCUCGUAGAAGUGGUUUUCGUGGUCGUGGACGUGGAGCUGUUAGAGCUAUCGAAAAACGUCGUGGAAACAAUAGAAGAUUUAAUCGAGGUGGUGGAGGAAGAAGACCGAAUAACGCCGAUAAUGAAAAGGUUCGCGCCGAUUUAGAUAAACAACUGAGUGAGUACAUGGAAAGCCCUAAUGGAAAUUAA